UUUAAGAUAACUUGAGCAGGGAAAUAAUAUUUAGGAAAGUCUUUGAAUAAGUGAAAAUCAGUGUUCUUCAGAGGGUUAUAAUUUCGCCAACAUGGGAGACCGCGUUGUUCUCAGCUACCACGACUGUCUUAUCAUGGAGUCAGAUUUGCGGUUGUUAGAGGGUCGCAAUUGGUUGAACGACUCACUCAUUUCCUUUUGGUUCGAGCACCUUCAGCAUGAGGUCUUCCGAGGAAAUUCCCGUCUUCUGUUUAUCAGCCCGGAGGUUACCCAGCUGAUUAAAAUGGGAGAUCCUAAUGAAUUGCCAAUUUUUCUUGAUCCCCUUGAUGCAAAGUACAAGGAAUAUAUAUUUCUUCCUGUGAAUGACAACUCGUCUGUGAUUGCACCUGGGGGCAGUCACUGGAGUCUCUUAAUUUACAGUAAAUAUGACAGCAAGUGGUAUCAUUACGACUCUCAAAGGGGCUGCAACUACCGCGAUGCUCGUUGCCUUGUACAAAGGAUUAACUCGUACUUGGACAGGGAUAUACCAGCUACCCUAGUGGAUGCUAGUUGCACACAGCAGGAUAAUAGCUAUGACUGUGGGGCCUUUGUCAUGACGUAUGCACACAGAGCGGCUGAGCAGGCCUUGAAGGGUUCUGCCAUCGGGACGUGCUUUGUGGACAGACAAGAAACAAAUCGCAUGAGAGAUUUGAUUAAGUCUCUUGUUUACAGCCUGAAGCGGUGAAGAUGAGAAGGGAAGAAAUCAACACACCUCCUGCCUUGUUCCUUGACUGCCGUAUAAACCGUCAAAUUAUAUACUAGGCACACUUUAGCCUAACAUGUGUUGAAGCUCCUAGUGAUGCUACGUGUCAGAUGUUGCUUGUCAUGAGCAAGACUCGGCCAGGGUCUGCAGUGUGCUGCUUGUUCCUGAUUGCUGUGGCAUUAUUUUUUUUGUUGAUUUUGGAGUGACAAGCAGUCCCUUUUGAGUUGCAGAAUACCUAACUUCAACAUGUUCUAAGCCCAUUUAUGCUUCAUUAUUAAUGGAGAUACUUACCUCAGGUUAUUUUAUUAGAUGGUUUUUUGCUCUUGCACUGAAAAAAGGAACAGGAACUAUUUUAGAGACUAAUAGUCUGCUAAAUGUUAGUUGAUUAACUGCUACUGAGUUUGCAAUGAUGAAUAAAAAGGUGCAUAGAUAAUUAGGUUAUGAUUAUCCUAUUUAACAGUCUUCUUUUCAAGAAAAUAGGAUAUGGAAGAAAAAUGAAAAGAACUUAUGCCAAAGAAGGAGAUUGGAUAUUUGUGACUUCAUAUGUAACCUAUUAGAUUCAAGAUACUGGCACACAACUCUACUGACCUCAUAACUGACAUCCAGUUGUCCCAGGCUGCAGUAAAUGUUAUGACAUAGCAUGUCAGAGUCAUAUAUUGAAGCUAUGCUGUUUGUCUACAUCUUGAAGGUAACACAAAAAAAAAAUUUCUGGAACUUUUUUGCCAUACAGGCACCACGAGGCUAACCAGAUUUCUCAGGUGCACAAUUUUUGGUUAAAGACCCAGAAUUACACAUACCUUGUAUGAAAGCAUUGUUGUGAAAUCCAUUGAUGUUUUACAUAUUAUUUGGCGAUCAUGUGCCGACUAGUAUUCAACCUAUUGGUCAUUGUUCAUUUGCCUGAAAAGUCAUAUAUUCAGAUUGCAACUGAUUUUGUGAAGCACUUUCAUAUUUUUCUCUUGGGUAGCAAAGGAAACAGAACUUGAUAAAUUGUAAGUUGAGACCACGUCUUGAUAACAUAAUUAUGUGAAUGAAUCAAAAAUACCCUUACAAAAUAACAAGUAACCUUAGUGCUAAAUUUUUCUUGCAUAUAUUUUUGUCUUAGUUGUCAGUUCAUUAGAGUGAGUGCAUUUUUUUUUCUUUUUUUUUAAUACUUAGAAGUCAGAAAUGAUCUGUGUUAGAUUUAAAGUGAGAAGAAAAGUCCAGUAUUCAGGAAGUGCAAAUGGCUAAAUUAUAUAUAAGAUAUACAUAUAUAUGAAAAUAACUCUUAUUAUGGUUUUCAUUUGUUAUAUACUUUCAAAUAGUGUAAAUGUAUUAAUUGAAAAAUGCAACAAACUGGUGAGUCUCAUGGAAAUCUUAACAGGUCUGAUUCCUGAUUGUAAUUAUAUGCAUGAUUUAUAUUAUUCCAAGUGGUAUUGCAUGUAACAAACAGCACAAAGUGCAAAUUUGAUUUCUUUCACUAAAGCUAAUUAAGUGAAGUAAAAAAUGCUUUACCUGAUUUAUUUUUAAAUGUAUAAGUAAUAGAAGAAGUGGUGAAAUAUACUAGAAGAUAUUGCACUACAAUAACUGGCUGAAUAUAGAUUUGAUAAAAGGAAGGGCAGUGAGAAAGGACAAUGUAACUCGGAACAAAAAGUUUUUAAAAUUGAUUUUUUUUUUUUCUCAAAUGCAAUAGUACUUGAAAUAGAAAAUUAAGGUUGAUAAAUAUAUUUAAAUAUUUACUGUAAUAUUUAAAAAAAUACAUUGUCUUUACCAGGAA